AUGUUAACAUAUUUGUUUUUGUCAUGUAACACAUGUAAUAGUCUUUGUUCAUUAACAAAUUUAAAAGUAUUACACAUAAACAAAACUCUUAAAAAUGUUAGUAUUGAAUCAUUUUAUCCUAAUUCAUUAAAAUUUUUACAAUGUUAUUCUAAUUCUCUUCCAAAGAAAUUACCAAUUACACAAUUAGUAUUAAAUGUUUCUUUAAAAGAACAUAAUAUAUAUCAUUGUUCAUGUCUUUGUAGUUUAAAAAUAUUAGGAUUAGUUUCAUAUCUAAUAUUACUUCCUACUUCUUUGACUUCAUUAACUGUAUCAUGUUUUGGUUUGUCACAAAAUCAUAUAUCAUUUAAGGAUUUAAAUUAUAUUAAUGUUAAGGAACUUCACAUUGAAAAUUGUAUUACUCAGAAUGUAGAAUUACCAUCUUGUCUUGACUCACUUUAUCUUCAUUACUCAGUAUUUGAAAUAAUUAAUCCAGUAUCAAAAGAAAGUGAAUUUAUUAACACUGAAUGGUAUUAUCACUUCCUCAAUUAA